AUGUUGUUGCGCCAUCGCCUUACAUUGUUAACGCUGAUACGGUCAAAAUCAAUAUUCGCGCUUAGUUCGGGUCCUAGCCCAGCGGCUGUCUCGAUUAUUCGAAUAUCAGGUAGGAAAUUAUGCUAACUAUCAGAUAGUAAGGGGAACACAUGCCAAUGUAAAUCUCUGGUUUAGGUCCCGAAAGUAAAUUAGUCCUUCAAAAGAUCUCCAGAUCCCAAAAAUUCGAUCACCGUCUCAUGAAAUACUGUGAAUUCUAUAGGCAGAGCGGAACACUGAUCGACAAAGGACUGGCUGUUUAUUUUAAAGGUAGUUUCUGUAUCCGUAAUAUGUUUUAUUUCGUGCGUUGUUUUAGGUCCUCAAUCAUUUACGGGGGAAGAUUCUGCCGAAUUUUUUGUUCACGGGAGCCGAGCUGUUGUCGAUAUGUUGCUAGAAGAGCUGGGCAGAUACCCAAACCUAAGAGCCGCUGGACCUGGGGAAUUUACCAAACGGUAAGGUCUUGUGUUACACGUAAUUAUACUGCAAUACGAAUUAUUUGUGAGGGCCGUCAUCAUUGUCUAAACAAGGAAAUUUCAGCGCAUUUUUCAACGGGAAGUUGGAUUUGACCCAAGCCGAAGCCCUGAACGACUUAAUAUUGGCUGAGACACCCGCGCAACUCUUUCUAGCCAAUCGUCAAUCUAACAUUUCUAAAAAACUACAACCCAUCCGAGAGGCAUUGCUUAAUUUCGGUGCUGAAUUGGAGGCUAACAUUGAUUUCGGAGACGAUAUUCAAAACCAGCAAGGGCAAUGUUGGAAAAAAAGAAUAAAGAACGAAGUGAAAUCGCUGAUUACGGUAGUUGAAUCAAUGGUCGGAACUGCGAAGAAAGGAAUUUUGGUAAGAGAUGGAGUCAAGAUUGCUCUGAUUGGAAGAACUAAUGUGGGGAAGAGCAGUCUGAUGAAUAAAUUGGCCGAAAGAGAUGUGGCCAUCGUCUCGGAUAUACCGGGAACAACAAGGGAUUGUUUGGAACUAAAAAUACGAAUGGCCGACCUAAAUGUAACACUAUUUGAUACAGCCGGAAUCAGAGAAACAAAGGAUAAAUUGGAAUUAGAGGGAAUCAAACGGACUCGAAAGAGGUAAGAUUGUAUUAGAUGUAAUAUUACACGGUAUGUAUGUGUAACACUAAAUAUAGAAUCAAUCUACAAAAUUUGUGAUUCCAGUGCAGAAGAAGCCCAUCUACUUGUUUUGGUAGUGGCUCCAGCAAAUGUGUCACCAUUAAAUUCUGUUAUCAAUGAAAUAAAGUGGUUAAUAGAAAGUUUCCCAUCAACUCCGAAGGUGAUCCUGAUAAACAAAGUGGACUUGCUUGACUCAAAAGUGGUAGACCAAAUUAAAAAUGGUAUAAUUUUGCUCUAUUGUCUCUAUCGUUCAUUUAUCCGUGUUUUUAAACUUUCUUUUCAGCCCUACCCCACCUAAAAAUGGCCUUUGUUUCCUGUCUCACCAACUCUGGAAUCUCCAGUUUGAUAUCAAAUCUAGAACUAAAUGUAAAAGACCUCACCACUAUUGAAGAAAAUGAAAUGGUUCUGAGUCGAGAAAGACAUCUUCGGUUACUCGAACAGGCUUAUGAAUCACUUGAGAACUUCGUCCAGAACAUUGAUGUGGACACAGCGAUUGCCGCUGAAGAUUUGAGAGAAUGCGCUGAAGUCAUUGGGGAAAUAACUGGAGUUAUCAGUCGAGAAUCUGUCCUCGACAAAUUGUUUUCUUCAUUUUGCAUAGGCAAAUGA